AUGGACGUAAAUGAAACAAUUAUUGAAACCUACCGAGAAGGAAUCCAAAUUGUAAAAUAUAAUAAACCAAAUAAGAAAAAUGCCAUAGAUUCUAAUAUGUACAAACGUGUGAUAAACAUAUUAUCGAAUGCAGCUUCUGACGAUAGCAUUUCUGUGAUUGUAUUGACAGGGGCAGGGGAUUUUUACAGUAGUGGUAAUGAUUUCUCAGCACCUGUCGAAAGAAAAAGUAUUUCACUCAUUUUGAAAGAAUAUAUAGAUGCAUUUAUUAAUUUCCCAAAGUUAUUGGUAGCUGUUGUCAAUGGACCUGCUAUUGGUAUAGCUGCUACGACAUUGGCACUAUGUGAUUUAGUGUUUGCUUCAGAAAGUUCAUACUUCUACACACCAUUUACAAAGUUAGGAAUUGUAGCAGAAGGUUGUUCAACUUUUACAUUUCCCCGAUUAAUUGGAGACAAAAAGGCAGCAGAAAUGUUAUUGUGUAGUCAUCGAAUGUCUGCAGAAGAGGCACUGAAAUGUGGGUUCAUCAAUUACAUUUAUAAACCUGAUAAUCUGCAAACAGAGGUUUGGAAUAAAAUAGAGGAGGUAUCGAAAUUGCCGAAACACUCUGUGGCAAUAACUAAAAAGCUAAUGAGAGAUUCAGUCAGAGCAGAAUUGUUAAAAGCAAAUGAUGAAGAACUCAAACAGCUUAAUACUAUUUGGAAAACUGGAUCAUUUGCAAUUAAAAGUAAAGUAUAG